GAGAGGCUAUAGUACCAGUUGCCAACUGUGAUGUCAAGGAGUACAAUUCUAACCCAAAGGAGCAGAUCCCCUUCAAGGAGUACAUGAAUUACUGGAAUGAGUACAUUAGAAAUGACUACCGAUCAUCUCGAGGGUGCCUUUACCUGAAGGACUGGCACCUGAGCAGAGCUUUCCCAGAGGAAGAUGUUUACACAACUCCUGUGUAUUUCACAUCUGACUGGCUGAAUGAGUACUGGGAUGCCAUAGGCGUGGAUGAUUAUCGGUUUGUCUACAUGGGACCUAAAGGUUCAUGGUAA